UUCACAAAAUUUUAUUUUCCUUAGCUUCCAUAUCGGUGGCCUCUGCACUGAUUACAUGGCCUACCACCACACCAUACGCUUGUGCCGUGACAUCUUUGAUGAAGCCAAAUCCAUGGACUACAACCUCAACUUACUGGACAUUGGUGGUGGGUUCGCCGGUUAUGCAGUCGAAAACAAUCCAACGUUCUCUGAUGCUGCCAAAGUCAUAAACAUGGCGCUAGACGAAUAUUUCCCAAAAGAAGAAAAUUUUGAAGUCAUUGCUGAACCUGGAGUGUACUACGUGCAGUCGGCCUUCACCUUGGCACUAAGAGUUAUCGGAAAACGAGUUUUACGCUCGGCAACCUCGGCCAAGGUCUCUGAACAGUCAUACUUCUACUACGUCAAUGAUGGGAUCCAUGGGUCAUUCUGUAUCAUUAAGUCAUUUAUGGCUGAUAAGCUGGUUGGAAAUUUCCACGUCUUAAAGGACGACGUCCAAAUGCCGGUCUACCAGAGCACCUUGUGGGGUCCAACACUCAACCCUGAUGAUCUCCUGGCACAGAACAUCCAACUGCCCGAACUGGACAUUGGAGACUGGUUGUACGUGCCUAACAUGGGGGCGUACACUAUUGUGCUUGCAUCCUCCUUCUAUGGGAUUGCUCCGCCGGAACUAUUUUAUUUUGCGUCUGAUGAAAUCACCUCUGAACUUGGUGUUUAGGGGAGACAGUUAGGGAGUUUUUAUUCCUGUCUUGAUUGGAAAAUAUAUAUAUCACAUGUUGAAAAAAAAUGUGAACAAUAUCAACUAAAACGUAUAAAAUUAUCAUAAAAAAUUAGAAAAAACCGCCCAUUGCUUCAAACUGUUUUAAUCCUCAUUUUUAUCUGGGUCAUUUUUAUACCACACCGAUAACUAGCGUUGUCGUCGGCACAGCAUAUUUUAUACCUAUCAGCUAGGUAGUAGGCAUUUUAUAUUCAGCGUACUUAUGUGUAUAAACAGUAAUUUGUUCACAUGUUAGCUGCAUGCAAGUCCGCCAGGGCUCCGUAACUCGAAAGCAUCGCGAAUUGCGACCGAGCGCAAGCGCCUCUAUUCCAUAACUCGAGAUUUACUCGCCCCAUGUAAUAGCCUAGCCUCGAAAUGAAAGGUGAUAUCGCCAUCGCAAUUCGCGAUGCUUCCGAGUUACGGAGCCCUGGAAUAAAAGC